ACUCGGCGCACGUGUGCACGGAGCCCUGUUGCCUUCUUGCGCGUGACUCUCGGUGUUCGGUUUUAGCGGAUAUUUUUAAUAAAUAGAGCAGUGUGAGCUUCCUCACGAGUGUGUUACAGUGUGUGUGAGACAGAGACAGAGUGUGUGUGAUUCUCCGCGAUGGGAGGCUUACAGAAGAAGAAGUAUGAGAGCGGCUCGGCCACCAACUACAUCAGCAGAAACAAAGCGCGCAAGAAGCUCAGUCUGAGUCUGGCUGAUUUCAGGCGAUUGUGCAUCCUGAAAGGAAUUUAUCCCCACGAACCCAAACACAAGAAGAAGGUGAACAAGGGCUCCACGGCUCAGAGGACCUUCUACCUGCUCAAAGACAUCCGCUUCCUCCUGCACGAGCCCAUCGUCGGCAAGUUCAGGGAGUAUAAGAUCUUCGUGCGUAAGCUGCGGAAAGCGUACGGGAAAGCAGAGUGGGGCUCCGUCGAGAAGCUGAAGGACAACAAACCCGCGUACAAACUAGACCACGUCGUAAAAGAAAGGUAUCCGACGUUUAUCGAUGCCCUGCGGGACGUGGACGACGCCCUGUCCAUGUGCUUCCUGUUCUCCACGUUCGCUCGCACCGGGAAGUGCCACGUGCAGACGAUCCAGCUGUGCCGCAGACUCAGUGUGGAGUGGAUGAAUUACAUCAUUGCCUCGCGGUCGCUUAAAAAGGUGUUUCUGUCCAUCAAGGGCAUUUAUUACCAGGCAGAAGUGCUGGGGCAGAUCAUCACCUGGAUCGUACCGUAUCAGUUUGCUCAUGACCAUCCUACAGAUGUGGAUUACAGAGUCAUGGCCACUUUCACAGAGUUCUACACCACACUGCUUGGCUUCGUCAACUUCCGCCUCUACCAAACCCUCAACCUUGCUUACCCACCGAAGCUUGAUGGAAAAGGAGAGACUGAUCUUAAAGCUGAACCCGAGGAGGACUACGCCAUGGACUCGGAGAGCUACCUGGAGAAACUGUCAGCGCUGAGCGCCAGUCUGGCUCGCGUCGUCUCCACGGCUGAAGAAGAGGAAGCUGAGAUCGACCAUUUUCCUGCAGAAGGGGAGGACAUGGAGAAGAUGGAGUCGAGGGUGAAGGCUCAGCAGGACGAGGACAAACACAAGAAGCUGUUUGAGGGUCUCAGGGUCUUCCUAAACAGAGAAGUGCCGAGAGAGUCUUUGGCGUUCGUGUUGAGGUGUUUUGGAGCACAGGUGUCCUGGGACAAAUCUCUGUGUAUCGGGAGCACGUAUGACAUCACUGACGAGACGAUCACGCACCACGUGGUGGACAGGCCCAGCCUGGAGAAACAGUACAUAAACAGGUACUACAUCCAGCCCCAGUGGGUCUACGACUGCGUGAACGCCAAGAUGCUCCUUCCCGUGGAGGACUACUUCCUGGGAGUCUCGCUCCCUCCCCACUUGUCGCCCUUCGUCGAGGAGAAAGAGGGCGACUACGUUCCUCCAGAGAGGCAGAAACUCCUGGCAAUCCAGAGAGGAGAGAAGCCUGAGGAGGAAGAGGAGGAGGAUGAAGAAGAUGAGGAGGAGGAUGAUGAUGAUGAAGAGGAGGAGGAAGAAGAAGAGGAGGAAGAAGCUGAACAAGAGGCUAAACUAAAAGAUAUGGAACAGAAGAGAACACAGGGGAAGGCCUUAUCGGCGAAGGUGACCCCUGGAAAGGUGACUCGGGACAACCGGCAGAGACUGGAACAAGAAGAGAAGGCUGAGGAAAAGAGGCUCGCCAUCAUGAUGAUGAAGAAGAAGGACAAAUACCUCUAUGAUAAAAUCAUGUUCGGGAAGAAGAGGAAAGUUCGCGAGGCAAACAAAAUGGCAGCCAAGAGAAAAGCUUUCGAAGAGGCCAGCAAAUCAGAGAGGAAGAAAAAGUCGAAGAAACAUUAGAUGAGGAAAUAAGAAUGGACGUUAUUUUUUAUUAUUAAAAAUAAUUCUAUUCAUUUAUUGGAACCGGAGUCAUGCCUUGUUGUAUGCUUAAAAACAAAAAGAUGAUGUUUUUUCAGUGAUAUGUAAGUUUUGUGAUUUCUUCAUGUUAAAAUGAAUCUCUUCAUUCUUGUAUUUUAAAAAUCUCAUUAAUCAUAUUGUAUUAAAAUCAAUCGCUUUA